AUGCCUCUGUGGCAAAAAGCCACCUGGGCCUGGGCCAAACUCAGAGCAUGUUCACUCUUUGCGAAUGGCAUCUUCCAGAUGCUCUCUGAUUCUCUGCUGGUGUCGGAGGAGUCAUGUCGAGCUCAGUUCCUGGUUCCGGUGACAGCUCAGGGUCAGAAUCGAGCCCAGGCCUCUCUGGAGAGAGGGCAGAACCUUAACCCAAUGGUGAAGGUUCAUGCCGACCCAGGCAGAGUUGAAGACAAACCAGAUGACUUCUUUCUACAAUUCGAUGCAGUUUGCCUGACAGGCUGCUCCAGAGACCUGAUGGUGCGGGUGGACCAGCUCUGUUCUCAGCACAACAUCAAAGUCUUCUGUGGGGACAUCUAUGGUUACUAUGGCUACAUGUUCUGCAACCUGGGACGGGAGCACAACUAUGUAGAGGAGAAACCCAAAAGUGUGAAACCGACUGGAAAUUUAACGGAAGACGGGCCAGAGACAAAGAAAGCCAAAGUUGACCCCAAUGAGACCACCAUGGUGAAAAAGACGGCCAGCUUCUGCACUCUAAAGGAGGCACUGGAAGUCGACUGGACGACUGAGAAGGCCAAAGCCGGGAUGAAGCGAACACCAGUGGACUAUUUCAUGCUUCACGUUCUGUUAAAGUUUCGUACCGACAAAGGCCGUGACCCUGAACCAGAGUCCUUUGCAGAGGACAGUCAGCUCCUGAGGCAGAUUCGCGAUGACGUCCUGGAGGCCUUGGCAGUGAGCAGUGACCUCCUGAAUGAUGACUUCAUCAGCUACUGCUUCUCUGAGAUGUCUCCAGUGUGCGCUGUCGUGGGAGGAGUUCUGGGACAGGAAGUUGUAAAGGCUCUCUCGCAAAGAGACGCUCCACACCGGAACUUCUUCUUCUUUGAUGGUCGUAAAGGCAGCGGCAUGGUUGACUACUUUGGACCAAACUAAACGGUUAAACAUAAAUGAACGUCCAGAAAACUUUUGUGUUUUCCUCAGUUUGUUCUGUCAGAUCAUUUAUAUCAGGUCUUGCUCUAUUAAAUUAGUCUGUUGUUUCAUUUUUUAAAAGAACAUUUGCUAAUAAAACAUUGUUAAGUAAAAGGA